CUAACAGGGUUUGUUUGAGUUGUUGCAAAAACACUUUCCUCCAUCCAAAAGUACGACUUAGUCAGUCUUUGUGGCAUUUCACGCGCUUUGCAUGGUUUCCCCAUCAUUCUGAACUUUUUGUUUUUUCCUUGCUAAUAUUUUGUAGCCCAUAUCUUCAUCUGAAAGACACGGAUCCAGUUUUUCCUUUCCUGCUUUACAUAGAUUCUGUCAUGAAACAAUAUCAUGAAUAUGUUGUCGCUCUCUGUCAGUCUGUGCGCACUCGGUGCGCUUUGCGUCGUCAGUGAAGUUGCCUGAUCCGCUGCAGACGAGCGGUGCGCCACAAACAUCCACCCUCUCCAAAGGAAAUAAGAGGGGAAGAAUAUGCUUCAUGAACGGAUUUCACAGCUUAAAUGUCUUCAGGGUGGAUAGAUACAGAGAGAAAUAUAUGACAGACGCCGGUAGAAACACCGAAAUGUUGCCUGAACACCAAACGUGGAAGCGAAGGAGGACGAUGCUGUGAGGACGGAUCUCAGGCUUCAAACCGUCUCGGCGCUCCAUGGGAGAGAGACGGGGAUAAGAAGAACGGAAGAGGGAAAAAAAUGUUCAAAGUUAGGCCGUGUCGUCUACACGUGCGACCCCGUAAAGCGCCGUCCCGCAACAGCUGCAGAAAAUGAGCAUGAAAUGAACGAAGAAUGCAUGUCAUUUGGGAUAUAUCUGUGAUUUUGCAAACAUAUAUCAUCUGCACGUCAUCAGCUCAGCCGAUUACAUCCAAGCUUGAUGACAGUUGGUGGGCGUAUAAGGACGUUGUCCAGGGAAGCUUUGUUCCAGUCCCAUCCUUCUGGGGUCUGGUGCACUCAGCCUGGAACCUGUGCGCCAUAGGGAAGAGGCAGUCGCCCAUUGACAUCGAGACCAGUCAUAUGAUCUUUGACCCCUACCUGACCCCUCUGAGGCUCAACACCGGAGGACGCAAGAUGGGAGGCACCAUGUACAACACGGGGAAGCAUGUGUCCCUGCGGCCAGACAAAGCCCACCUGGUGAACAUCUCCGGGGGCCCGCUGGGUUACAGCUACAGGCUGGAGGAGGUCCGCCUCCAUUUUGGGAGCGAGGACUCCCAGGGUUCAGAGCACCUCCUCAACGGACAGGGCUUUCCUGGAGAGGUCCAGCUGAUCCAUUAUAACCAGGAUCUGUACGCCAACUACACUGAGGCAGCUAAGAGCCCCCAUGGCAUCGCUGUGGUCUCCAUCUUCAUUAAGCUCUCUGAAAACUCCAAUGCCUUCCUCAACCGCAUGCUCAAUAGAGACACCAUCACCAGAAUCAACUACAGACAUGAUGCUUUCUUGUUGAUGGGGCUGAACAUAGCAGACCUUUACCCUGACACUACACGUUACAUCACCUAUGAGGGCUCCAUCACCAUCCCUCCCUGCUAUGAGACGUCCACGUGGAUACUAAUCAACAAGCCUGUCUACGUGACACAGAUGCAGAUGCACUCCCUGCGCCUUCUCAGCCAGAACGAGCCCUACAAGAUCUUCAUGAGUAUGAGCGACAACACCCGGCCCACCCAGCCACUGCUGCAGCGCUGCAUCCGAACCAAUAUCAACUUCAGCAAGCAGGGCCGCGACUGCCCCAACAACCGUGCCCUCCGCCCACAGUACAGAGUGAAUCAGUGGCUCCUGAAGUAGAAGAUAAAAAGAUGUUAAGCAGCAGCGCCCCGAGAGGAGAGGCAGGAUUCAUUCAAGUCUAUUUCACACUGCCAAAUCCAGCUGAAGAAUCCAGUGACCGCCUGAGCCUGCCGAUUGAUCUGAACUGAAUGGACAUCUUAACUAAACUGAUCUCAGCUAAACUUGACUGAACAAACUCCAAACACUCUGCUGUGUUGGCCUUCUACAUAUCUACAAUUUAAUCCCAACACAUGGGCCAGCACAGCAAGGGUACAGACCUGACUUUGAGUCCAAAGUGUGAAAUAGAUCAUAAGGACUCUGAUGUCUACACUGUACUGUGGGUUUAUUCGUUGUAUUAACUAACAAAGACUGGAGAUAUAAAGACUCUGAUGUUAUCUAAAGACGACGGCUGUGAUCGUCGCUGGUCCACAUUCAUAUUCUGGCUACAGAAGGCGGUUAUGAAAAUGAUCAUCCACUGACUGGAGGAAUUCUUACAUUUCCAUUGAUGGUCUGAACCCCCGGCAACAAAGAAACACUCAGCUGUGGUAUGAUGAGAGAUGUAAAAAUCUGCUGCUUCUGCUAUCAAAUAGUAACUAAAGAAGGUAAUUUACAAAGAGAAUGUGAAAUGUGUGAAUUAGGUUACAUAGCUGAAGGGGGAGAAACAGAAGGAGGGACUGCAACUCUGACAUUUUACAGACCUGAACAGAUGGAGUCACUGGAGACUGGAAAGGGAUAGGUCACUCAUUUUGCAUGAUUUUACAGUAGUCCACUUGUCUUUAAGGUAUCCUAUUAGAAGGUGGUGACAGAAUUCAGCUUGCAUCAGGUCCCUGCUUUGCACAGCGACAUAAAGUGCAACCACAACAGCUAACACUCACUAAAAUGUUCAGUCAAAAUUGUUUAAAGGACUAAUUCUACAAAGCCAGCCCCCCAUCCCCAGCAGUGAUUGUCCAAACAUAGCUUAGUAACCACAACUAGGCACAGCAGGCCUGCAAAGCCUUCCUAAAAUUAUUUUGAUGAUUAAAACUUCUGUUGAAAGACAAUUGUUGAUCCUGUAAAGUCAUGAAUUAGAAUUGUGCUCAAAGCAACCAUGCAAUUUCAAAAUGUAAAAAAUCAGCGUGUCUGAAGUAUUACAGAUGCCCUGUGGAGUUUUCUUGUAAACGAAGGUUAUCUAUACAUUCAGUGUUUUUGACCCUUGAUGUCUACUAAACGUGUUGAGUGCCGAUUUUUUAAAAUAUUUUAAAACCUGCAUUGUUUACAUCCAUGCUUGCUUGUUCUUCACUGCCUUUCCUGGCAGAUUGCUGUGUUUCAUGGUGCAUCCACUGGCAGAAAUGUGUAGCGCUUCAUGCGCUUGCUCAUCCUCGGGGACACACUCAUAGAAGAAAUACUCAUAGUGCUAUUAGUGGUCACAAACUCCACAGGGUACCUGUCACUAACAGCAGCUGUUCACAGUAUAGGUCUUCACAGGUCCGUGCGCCACGGGAUAAGAGCUGAUGGAGAGUCUGUUUGGAUUCAUUCAGGUAUGAGACACAGAGUCCCUGAAUGUAAUCUGAACCUGGGCUGACUUGGGUUUCUAGUGAGGUCUCAGUUACUUAGAAAUGAGUGGACCAGUGAAGACCUCCAGUACACAGUGAACCUGUGGAAUUUCAAAGUGACACUUGUGUAAAAUGGGUGACCUACAGUAUAUGUAUCUUAUGGAUGGACAUCGUGGAUCAACACCAACGCAACACUGGUCAUUAGCUUGUUUUUUGUUUGUUUGCUGUGAUGUAGUAUCUCAUGAAGGGAACAAAUGCUGGGUCUUUCUCUUUGUUUGAUUUUCAAAAUGUAACUAAUAAAUAGAUGGAACUGUAA